AUGACAUCCAUGACUACUACAACCACUUCGAUGACAACCACAACAAAAACUACGACAACUACUACUACAUCAGCUCCAUGUCCUACUGGAUAUGUUCGAACAUCGUCCGGUUCAUGUGUUAAUCUUUUGAUUGAUUUUUAUAAUUGUGGUUCAAUUGGUUAUGUAUGUGCUUCAAAUUAUACAAGUUGUUUAAAUGGUAUUUGCAGUAGUGCACCUGCUGUGCAACUUGCAGGUGGCGUCGUUGUGCCCGGAUGGAACAGUUCAGUUAAUGUUGAUGAUGCAUAUGUUACUCUAAGUCUACCCUUCAGUAUAUCGUUGUACGGCUAUUCGACAUCGACUGCAUCUGUCCAGAGUAAUGGCGUAAGUACUCUUAUGAUUGAUCUCGUUAAAACAUUUCAAUUAGCAGACACACAAUAA